AUGUCACCCAGUAAGAAAAGCAGCUACGCCAGUCUGCCAGUGGAAAGCUCUUGGCGAAUGGUUGAAGGGAGCGAGAACGACAGUUUCGAUACUUCUAUUGUGCAGGAUCCUUACGAAGACGACAUUAUCCUAUCCAGCGGACCGUCUCAACCUUCGCAGGGGUUCAUCUCAUCCCAGGAGUUCAGCAUAGGGUCGCAGGACAGCAUUCGUGAUUUUGCUACCAACGCAGACGACGAAGAGGUCAUACUCAAGUCUCCAUUCCAUCCAUCACUCAUCUCAACGCGGCAGGCCUCUGUAGACAAGGAGCGAACACCAGUACCGGAGUUCUUCAUGCCCAAAGUCGAGGUAGAAAGUCCACGGCGGAGCAAUCGAUCCUCCCGGACGCUACGCCCAGGUAUGGAGGAACAGCAACAGUUGAGGCGGCGCGGUUAUCAGCGACAGGAUAGCGAUGCCAGCAGCCACAAACGACCGUUUAGCGCACAUGACCGGCUGCGCAGAUAUAGCUCGGACGACGGCCAAUACCAGCCACCCACGGCGUGGGAACGUUUCUCGUCGUCUGUACCUGUGGCAUUAUUUGAGACUGCAGCAUGGUGUAUAUCAGUCCUGAGCAUGGCGUUACGCUAUGCUAAAUGGCCUUUGGCGAUCGUACUAGCAGUAUACCUGACAAUCGGCGCCGGCAUGGUGGCAAAGACCAUAAUCAAAGACUCUAUUUCAACCUCGCUAUCGCCAAUAUGCCGAAUUCCAGGAGCGUCAUUGCUCGACUUGCCCUUCUGCCCUGACAUACCUCCAUUUUCAGGACGGAACAGAACCAACCCUGUCGAAUUUGAUGAGUUGAUGAAUGUGCAAGCGGAAUUUGAGAAAGUCCUUGAGACCUCGGCCUCUGGCGUUUCGCUGCCAAUGGAAAUGAAGAGGUCAGAGGCAGCAGUCCGCGACCUCCGCACCAUUAUCAAAUUUGAAAAGGACCUUCCGGCACGGGAUGAACUGUUGUAUGAAUUCGACGGCUACAUCGACUCCAUGAGAGAUAUCUCCAGCGAUCUUUUGACCUUCAACACACAUGUGGGCAGCGCGGUCGAUUCGGUUAUCUCGAUCAAUCGGUGGACAUCUCGUUACAUUGACUCGAUAUCUGCGGCCAAAGCAGCGCACGACAAUACACUAUCACGCUGGUCAGACUGGUUGUUCUCUCCAUUCCAGGCAGCAGUCUUUGACGAGCGCAUGCUUUUGGACAAAUAUGUAGAACAUACAGCACUCGUGUCGGACAAGAUCGGAAAUCUAAUAAUCGAGGCACAAGCAGUGCUACGCUUGCUCACACAGGCAGAGAAUCAUCUUGAGCUCAUCAAUGAGCACGUUGUACGUUCGGGCAACGAGGUCAAGGAGAAGAAGAGCGAGGUGUUUUGGGACCUGUGGACGCUCGUUGGGGCUAAUAACCGCCGGCUGCACAACCUCAGGUCACAGCUGGGCCUAUUGCGGCAAGUUGAGUCGCAGCGGACGCUGGCCGUGACACAACUGGUUGGGCUGGUCCACGACCUCGGCGACAUACAAACCAAGCUGAGCGACCUCCGGGAGCGCGUCGCAGCACCCGAGUUGCUGGCGGAUCAGUCAAGCAUUCCCCUGAGUGUCCAUAUUGAGACGAUCAACGCCGGGGUCGAAAGGCUGGAAUCAGCACGGAGCAGAAUUCGGGCGGAGGAAAACGAUAGAAUACAACAGGCGCUAGCUCGUGCGAGAGGAGAAGAAAACCUAAUUGAUGGCCGAUAG